AUGGAAUCUUUUUUGAAGAUGAUUUUGAAGUUUCUUGUGUUUGUAUUUGCUUUAACGAGUACUAUUGCUGUAAGUGUAUCGAACAUAGGCAUUCAAAAUGUGCCAUGCUUGCCAUGCAUAGAUCCGACAUCUAAAUCAUGCUGCAAAGGUCCUCCUUCUUCUCCUCUUAAGAGUACUAUUGCUGGAAGUGUAUCGAACAUAGGCAUUCAAAAUGUGCCAUGCUUGCCAUGCAUAGAUCCUACAUCUAAUACAUGCUGCAAAGGUCCUCCUUCUUCUCCUCUUAAGAAUACUAUUGCUGGAGGUGUAUCAAACACAGGAGACGUGUGGGAUUAUUUCAGCGCAAAUUCUGUUGAUAAGUUGGAAAUCCACGAUGUAACAUUGGUUGACAUCCUCACCCCAGAAUUUCUCAGUUCACUGCAAACAUCAGGAUUACCUAACCAUCAUAUAAAACUAAAGGUUGGAACACCAAUUAUGCUCAUGAGAAACAUCAACCAGUCUGAAGGCUUAUGUAAUGGAACAAGGUUGAUAAUAACAAAGUUGGGAACCCAUGUUAUUGAAGCUUCAAUAAUUGCUGGAAAGGGGUCAGGAAACCGCGUUUACAUCCCACGAAUGGAUAUGUCACCGUCACAAUCCCCAUGGCCGUUCAAGCUGAAUAGAAGACAGUUUCCCAUUAUAGUCUCAUAUGCUAUGACAAUUAACAAAUUUCAGUGGCAAUCUUUGGAUAAUGUGGGUCUACACUUGCCAAGGGAUGUUUUUACACAUGGACAAAUAUAUGUUGCACUAUCAAGAGUAACAACAAAACAGGGAAUCAAGAUAUUAAUUCAAUGCUAG